GCUAUGAGGGACGUCAUUUCAUAUGCUUUGGCGUCAUUUUGGCGUUUCUGUUAAGACUUUUCACCUAUGUUUCACGAUGUAACUCGGUCUGCUCACAAUUCCGAGAGUUCAGCCUCUGGGACUCCCUGUCCUUCUAAAGCACUCGUCACACGACGUUCCUGGCUGGCAAACCUGACAUGGGCAGAAUUUCCGACGCAUACUCGAGCGGACGUUUCGAACGAGAUUGAUCGUGCCCCAACCCUGAACGCGCUGUAUCACUUCUGUAUCUUCACCGUAUCUGGGAUACGUUUGGUUCCGCUUUUGUGUUCUUCUUGACUCCGGAGUUGUUAGGUAGGCGCAUUGGUGACGCCACCUUUCCUCUACGUUCAACGCUUUGUAUAUUGGAUUAUUUCAUGGACCAACAUCUGCUCUCACACAUUCGCACCUGCGCGCAUGCCAUUUGCCCACGUCGAUCACACGGAUUCCGCCGUUCCAGCUGUGGGGGAUUUGUCGCAGCGGGGUGGUGUUCCUUCUCACCAAGUGCCUUUAGUUGGGCAGCUAGAAAAAAUCAGCCACUUUACUCCUCAUCAGCUCCUCCGUCCAAGUGGAGAACCUGUGCCAGACCCUGUCCAGCUCAUGGUUCUGCAAGAUUUUCUCAGAGUUCAUGGCUUUCGCUUGUACCAGUUGAUUUUCUUCUGUCUUUCCGUCCUAACCUACGUAUCGGAUAUCGGUUCCGACGCCUAUCUCGUUUAUUCAUAUCAUAAGCGUGGGAACUACUACUGGUCUUAUUUGACUCUCGCGCUUCUCAUCAUACCUGCCGUGGUUAUGACAACUUUUAGUUUGGUUUGGUACGUCCUGGACCGGAAGUUGAACGUGGAACCACCGCGUACCUGCCGCGCUUGGACGCUCCGAUUAUUCUUUCAUGGGCUACAAUUAGCCCCGCUGGUUCGGUAA